ACAGUGUUACAGGACAGUUACAGGACAGUAUUACAGGACAGACAGUGUUACAGGACAGUUAAAGGACAGUGUUACAGGACAGUUUGGUUAUAAAUGAUUUCUCAUCCUCACUAGAUAUUUAUUAUAUACUUCAGGAGGACUGACUGGAUGUCCUGCUCCUGCUCCUGCUCCUGCUCCUGCUCCUGCUCCUGCUCCUGCUCCUGCUGCUGCCUUGCUGGAACAUUCCAGAAUGUGUUCACACCCAUAGUGCACAUGACCCUGUCACACUUUCCUAAUCAUUACUCUUCCAUGUUCAACACUCCAGAAAUAAAUGAUUAGAUGAUGUCAUUAUAAUAAAGAGAUUAGAGUAAGGAGACAUGUUUCUUAUGGACUUUUAUUAUCUUUAGUUAAACUGUGUACUACAGCGCAGCACAAACAAUAGUUUUCUUCACAUGUCCCAGUUUUUUACCCAUCUGUGGUCAGAAGGUCAGCUGUGAUGUAUCACCCCGGAGCAGAUGGGGUUAGGACCUUACACCAAACCCAGCCUUCUGAUUAACUCUGAGCCUUUGAGUUUAACUUUUAAGCAUUGAGUCUGGAGCGAGAGUGAGCACGAGGUUUAAUAACAGCUGAUCAUCUGCAUUUAGACAUCUUUAGACAGUUAAGGUGAUUUCACUAUAACUACUAAAAUCUAUCUUCUCAUAUUUUAGCUGAUUCUCCGUGUGUUAUAUUCCUGUAUAUAUUUAUGUUAGAUUACUGGAAGUCUUGUCAUUUUCUUCAUGGAGGUAAUUCAGUGUUUGUGGUAACAGUUGUUCUUAAACCCCAGCUCUAUUUUUGUCCUUGUGUCACUGUCCUAUGUUUUAUCCCUGUGUUUGGUGAAUGAGGUCAGUGCUGCUGUCUCUCUGUAAUCCUCUGUGCUGGUCAUCUUUCUCUCCCAGCUGCUGUGUUAAUCCGCCUGUGGCCGUGUGCCGUAGCUGCUGUUACCCAGCAUGUAUAAAAAGACCCUCAUUGUUACCCCACAACAAUCUCUGCACCUCCACACAGUGUGUGUGUGUGUUUGUGUCUCAUCCACAGCAACAUCCUCCACAGCUUACUAAGAGUCUGAGUCAUGUCUGAUGUAGAAGAGGAAUACGAAGAGCAUGCAGAAGCAGAGGAGGAACAAGAGGAUGAAGAAGAUAUCAGACAGGAGGAUGAAGGUGAGAGAACUUCACUUCUUCAUCACACUGCGCAGCAGGAAUACACAGAUUACCAAGAAGAAAAUCAGGAAGAAGAGGAGGAAAGGCCGCGACCCAAGCCUCUGGCUCCUCAACUCGCUCCUCCUAAGAUCCCUGAAGGAGACAGAGUCGACUUCGAUGACAUUCACAGGAAAAGGAUGGAGAAAGACCUGUUUGAGUUACAGACUCUGAUUGAGGUUCACUUUGAGCAGAGGAAGAAGGAGGAAGAGGAGCUGAUUGGACUUAAGGAGCGAAUUGAGAGACGGCGCUUUGAGAGAGCUGAGCAGCAGCGUGUCCGAGCUGAGAAAGAGCGAGAUCGACAAACACGCAUCGCUGAGGAACGACAGAGGAAGGAGGACGAGGAGGCAAAGAAGAGAGCAGAUGAUGAGGCUAAGAAGAAGAAAGUUUUGUCCAACAUGGGAGCAAAUUUUGGAGGCUUCCUGGCUAAGGCAGAACAGAGGCGAGGGAAGCGUUUGACUGGAAGGGAAAUCAAGCGGAAAACUUUAUCAGAAAGACGAGCACCUCUCAGCAUUGAUAAUUUAAAAGAGGACGGACUUCGGCAGCGAGCACAGGAGAUGUGGGAGUGGAUUUAUCAGCUGGAGUCUGAGAAGUUUGACUUCAUGGAUCAGAUGAAGAGGCAGAAGUAUGAGAUCGUGGUCCUGCUGAACAGGAUCUCACACGCCCAAAAGUUCAAAAAGGUCCACGGAAAGGGAAAAGUUGGUGGUCGCUGGAAAUAAACUGUUUAUCUUAUGAUGUGAAACUUGUUACGAAAAGACAAGAUGAGAGAAAUCAAUGAAUCUCUUCCACUUCAGACGCAGAGUCUGUAAUCAUCUUUAUUGUCCAGACAAAUAAAUAAAUAAAUACAUACAUUCUCUGA